AUGGCCAUCAUCUACAGAUCCGACGUGUCUCCUUUUAACGAGUUUGAGAACCUCUCCAUCCCGCAAUGGAUGUCCCAGUAUAACCCCGACGCCGUCCUGGCAGACAAGGUCGUCCACUCCGAUGACUUUUCAGACCAAGUCAUCACGUACGGAAGCUUGAGGCGCGACGCAGCGCGUAUCGCUUGGGGCUUGCAGAACAAGCUCGGUGUGCGGGAGGGAGACAUCGUCCUCGCUCUGGUGCCGAAUUCGAAUGACUUUGUACUGUUGUGCCACGGUAUCUGGUGGGCAGGUGCCGCCUUUGCAGGUCUGAAUACGGCCGCAACCCAAUCAGAUAUCGAACACGUCCUCAACCUCGUUCGGCCAACCCAUGUAGCCGUGUCCAUGGCCAUCGGCAAGCUUGACGUCGUCCAUGCUGCCAUCAGCAAGUCGGCCGUCAAGCCCAAGGUCUUUACUCUUCACGGGCGAUCCGGUAGCACCCCACAGUUUCCCGUUGACAUCAUCGGCGCAUCGGAUGCGGAAAGCCUCCCUCCCUACGAUCUCGGCGGCAAAGCUGCCAAAGAUGUUCUUAGCACCAUCUGCUUCUCCUCCGGAACUACCGGACGCAUGAAGGGCGUGAAGCUCUCCCACUUCAACCUCAUCGCCAAUGUACUCCAGAUCCGUCUUGCCCUGCCGAACCGCCAGUCGUCCGACAUUCGCGAAGUUUGGUUCCCGCCCUACUGUCACAUUUACGGCCUUUUUGCCGUUGUCUUGACCGGAAUGUGGGUCGGCGGCCGCAUCCACGGCCUCAAAGAAUUUGCUCUUGAGAGGUUUUGCGAAAAGUCGGCCGAGAUCAAAGCUACCGACAUGCACAUCGUCCCUCCCGUCGCACUUCUUCUCGCAUCCUCGCCCGCCACUCAGAAAUACGACUUGACUUCAGUUAGCCGUAUCGUUGUAGCGGCAGCUCCUCUCAAGGCUGAACUACAAAAGAAAUUGAAGCAGAGGCUCCCCAAAGCUUCCGUUUGUCAGGGCUAUGGGCUUUCCGAAUGCUCCCCUUCCGUCUCGCACCAGUUCGAACAAGACGAGGACCAGAUUGGAACAGUUGGAAAGAUUCUUCCGGGAACUGUUAGGGGUUAUAUCAACGACGAGGAAGCGACAAAGCAGACGUUUUCCGGUGAAUGGUUGCGGACGGGUGACAUUGGAAAAAUGCUAAAGGGAACCCUAUGGAUCACCGAUCGAUUCAAGGAGAUGAUCAAAUUCCAAGUUGCCCCAUCCGAGCUGGAAGAUCUCCUGCUGCAACACCCCCGGGUAUUCGACGCCGCCGUCUGCUCUACCUACGACGACGCCGAGGCAACCGAGGUGCCCUUGGCCUACGUGAGCCUGAGCCCCAAGGACGCGGAGCUCCCGCCGCGCGAGAAGGACGCCCUACUAAAUGAGAUCCGCGCAUGGGCCGAUUCCCGUGUCUCUGGCUACAAGAAGCUGAGGGGUGGUGUUUUCCACUUGCAAGUCUUGCCCAAGAACCCAACGGGCAAGAUUUUGAGGCGAUUGUUGCCGGUGAAACUCAAGGAGGCCAGGAGCCAGAAGCUUUAA